UCAGUCCGCAUUCUCUCGGUGGUAUCGGCCCCGCAAGACAUCCUCAGCGUCAAGUGCCUCUUCAGCAGCAGCCAGUGACGAUCCUGACCGGUCGACCUGAGCAGCAAGAAGAGCAGCAGCAAUGGCGCAGCCCAUCUUUGCAUUCGACCCCAAGACCGUCAUCCGUACCUUCAAUGGAGACAAGGACGACUGGCGUGAGUGGGAGUUUACCCUCAGAGCCUUCCUCCUGGCCAAGGAGAUGCCCACAGAGCGUCUGAUGCCUGAGAAGGAAGAAGACAUUCCUAGGUUACCUGUACCGAAUGCCGAUGAACACCCCACACGCCCCGACCCCUCCACCAAUGCACACCACGCGGCCACCAACAGGCAGAACGGAGCAGAAGACGGCAAGGCGCUGCGCAUUGCGGCCGACAGGAAGCACAGCAAAUGCGGCACAGAGGCGAGGGCAAACAACUUCACCGUCAU